UCGAUGACUCUUAUAGGAGGAGCUGCUCUCAUUCUCAAGUCUUCAACAUUUAAGAGCACUCAAGCGGAGUAUAUACAGGAGAUUAUCCAUUUGAACAGUUGUGAACUCCGAAUCUCGCAUUCGAAUUAAAACCAAAAUGGAUUAUAUCUAACAUGGGUUUUUAAUCUUUAUUCAAACAACUGCACGUCGGCUUUUCUGCGCACAUAUGAUUUUAUCUGGUCUUGAAGAGCAGCGAGGACUGAAUCACGAAGUGAUCAUUUCUAUCCAAAAAUGUUAAGAAAAGUUUUGAAUGAAGCAAGUUGGAACACAUUGGGGACAGUAAUACAGUGUUUUUGGCUAUAAAGUCCGUAUCGAUGCGAAUCUGAGAGGCAAAGAAAGUGUUUUUGUCCAAUGCAGCGGAACAGCAGUCUCGUUUCCAUUUGGCUUCAGCUCGAGCUGUGCGCGAUGGCUGUUCUCCUCACUAAAGGGGAAAUACGGUGUUACUGCGAUGCACCCCACUGUGUGGCCACCGGAUACAUGUGCAAAUCGGAGCUGAAUGCCUGCUUCACCCGCACUUUAGACCCUCAAAGCACUAAAUCUCCUUUAUCUCAUGGAUGCUACGACCCUCUGUUGAACUCUGGCAAAACAUGCCAUCCAGAGUCAACCUAUGAUACCAUUCAUGGUUCUGCCACACUUCAGUGUUGCCAUGAGGAUAUGUGCAAUUACAGAGGCCUGCAAGAUGUCACAUACAGAGGAAGUGAAAUUCAUGACAAACGGCGACAUCAAACCGAAGGCAGCCGUCACGUGAUUGCACGACUACAGGAAAUCCCUUCCUCCAAAGAAGUAUGGUUCCGUGCUGCGGUCAUCACCGUACCCAUUGCUGGCGGCCUCAUCUUGGUCCUCCUCAUCAUGCUGGCCCUGCGCAUGCUUCGCAGCGAAAACCGCAGACUGCGACAACAGCGGCGAGAAAUGCUGUCUCGCCUUCAUUACAGCUUUCACGGCCAACACCUCACCAAGGGUCAUGUGGCCAAAUUGGACUUAGAGUGUAUGGUUCCAGUAGGAGGCCACGAGAACUGCUGCCUGACCUGUGACAAAAUUCAGCAGUCUGACCUUAGCAGCCAAAGACUUCUUUCAUUGGUCAGCUGGGGGAAGUACAGUGGCCGAGGCAAGCUGGAGUUUGUGUGAUGGCUUUAGAAUUUGCUUUCCUUCGUGGGACUUGUUUGAAUAAAAACUUGUUUUGUUUCAAGCCUUCUAAAGGAGGUACUGCAAACAAGAACUCAAAAGAGAAAACUUGAAAGCUCUAACCAUAUGGUUGUUGCUCUAGAAGCACUUUACUUGAAUUAGAGACUUGAGGAGAAGACUGCUUGUAUUAUAGGCUGCGACGAGGAGCGGAUUCGUGCUGGUAUUCUUUAUCACCGAAGGAUUCCAAAAAAUGUAUUUUGGUUUUAUAAUUUGCACUUUUUGUAUAAAGAAACUGUGGUUUAUUUGCUUUAAUAGUAGAGCAAAACCAGUGUGUCAACACCAAAAUUGUAAAAAUUGUAGGCGUACAACAUCUUGUCACUGAAGCAGUACCCUUAAAGGGACAUCUUUAUACCUUAGUUACACCUAAUAGUUUUAAGGAGGUAGCUUAAGGGUGCAUGUUACUAUUCUAAGGUUUUAGGGAAAGAUCCUGGUGACAUUCUGUUGUAUCAGUGAGGUACAAUUUUUGCUAUUAUUUCACAGUGAAUGAUGACUGCUGCUGUGUGAAUGUGUGACUCACUGUUAAAGGGAUAGUUCACCCAAAAUGAAUAUUCUGCCAUUACUCACUCUCAUGGUGUUCUAAACUCAAAUGUAUGGGCUUUCAGCUGUUCAUACAGUAAGUAAUCCAGAUCAAAACUCAAGUAAAUUAAUGAAUGUAUUCUGAAACAUUACGUUCAUUUAGAACAAUGAACAAGCCAAAAAUGUAAGGGUUUUCAUUUACAGAUCAAAUCAUUGUUAAACUUGUUUAUACGAAGACGAAAUCAAAUAAGGUGAUGUGCCAAUAACAUCUAACCUCAUUGGGUUAAAAGUUUUGGACUUUCACUGUACGGACAAAAUCAAAAACAACCAAUACAUACUUUAAAUACUUUUGAGUUUUUCCCUUUUUGAUGAACUGUCCCCUUAACAUUCACCAGUCACCUCUGACCUGCUUGUAGAUUGUGCUCGCUGUAAAGAUUUUUCAAUGUAAAUAUUACAUGUUCAACAAGGAAUCACUUUUGGUAUUCGUAUCUUUACUGUCUCCUGUUCGUUGAGAUCGCACCGUGUGGGUGAAGCUGAACAGCACUAAAAGUACUCAGCGUUGUGUACGAUAUUGACAAGCUCAUUAUACCCAGAGGGAGAAGUCUUGGCUAAUGCUUCAGUAUGUCAACACGUGCACAGUUGCAACCGCUCGACUGAGGAAUUGGAAUCAUUAGCAGCAGUAUAAGGGCAUGGCAGUGUAGUGUGGUAGCUAUUACAAUCAUGUCUUGUUUUACAGUAGCGCUACACGUCUGACUGACUCAAU